AAACCACCAAAACCUAAGCCUCUCCCCUCAGAAAAUGUUGCAAUUUAAAAGACAAAGUCACGUUGCACUUUCCAAAUGUAUCCCAAGUGGUGAAGAAGAUCUCGGUUGCUGGGGCCCUGCCCUCUGAACAGUCUUGUAAACCAGUUCAACGACCCAUGCAUGUGUUCUUAAUUUCACUUCAGCUGGAACGGUCUCUAUUUCAUGCCACUACAUAAACCCCACCAUCAAACCUCUCCCCAUUAAUUGAACAGAAGCCCAUUCCAUCUUUGUUCAUUCCUCAAUAUAUUCAAUGCUCUAGUGUUCACCUUCUGAGGAUAGAAAAAAGAAAAAAGAAAUGGAGGAAGGAGAGGCUGUAGUUAGAGAAGGGAAAUCCUUGGAAGAAACCCCAACUUGGGCUGUUGCUACUGUGAUCACUGUUAUGAUAUGUUUUGGUUUCUUGGUUCAUCACGCUUUGAAAAAUUUUGGGCAGUGGUUGGAAAGGACUAAGAGGAAAUCUCUGUUAGCAACCUUGGAGAAGAUCAAAGAGGAACUGAUGCUUUUUGGGGUUCUGUCGUUGUUGAUGGGCCAUUGGAUUUCAUUUUUUGCUAAAAUUUGCAUAAAAUCAUCGGCCUUGGAUAGCCGAUUCUAUCCUUGUGCCAAGUCCAGUCAUAGAACUUCCGAGCACGCCGUGAAGUUGAACACCAAUAGCACGGUUUUCAGAGGGAAGAAGCUUGUUACUGUGCACCAUGGUUAUUGUCCUGAGGGUAAAGAUUCUUUUGCUUCACAUGAAAGCCUUGAGCAGCUUCACCAUUUCGUAUUCGUGCUCGGUAUCACCCAUGUUUCUUACAGCUUUAUUGCCAUCGCAUUGGCUAUGAUUAAGAUUUAUAGCUGGAGAACAUGGGAGAAUCAUGCCAAGGCAGUGGCUGAUCAAUAUUUACAAGAAUCCUCACCAGGUGAAGUCGGUCCAAGAAUGAAGCGACUGACAACUUUCAUUUCUCACCAUGGUUCUCAUCCAUGGAGCCAAAGCAGAGUUUUUGUUUGGCUGCUUUGCUUCACCCGCCAGUUCUGGAGUUCUAUAAACUUUUCUGACUACACGGCUUUGCGGUUGGGAUUCAUUACAACUCAUGAACUUCCUUUCACGUAUGAUUUCCAUAAUUAUAUGGUUCGAAGCAUGGAAGAAGAGUUUCGGGAUAUCGUUGGCAUUAGCGUGCCCUUCUGGAUUUAUUGCAUACUAUGCGUCUUUCUUGAUUUCCAUGGAACCAAUCUUUACUUUUGGCUUUCGUUCCUUCCUGCCAUCCUGAUACUACUAAUCGGAACGAAACUGCACCGUGUGGUUGUAAAAUUAGCUGUUGAAAUCAGGGAGAACGAUCCGUCGGAGGGUUUCCAUAAAUUUAACCUGAGGGAUGAACUCUUUUGGUUUGGAAGGCCCAGGUUCCUCUUACGUUUGAUACAGCUUAUUUCAUUUCAAAAUGCAUUUGAGAUGGCUUCAUUCCUUUGGUCACUGUGGGAAAUUAAGGAUCCUUCUUGCUUCAUGGAGAACCGUGCCUUCCUUGCAACUCGUUUGGCAUUUGGUAUAAUCUCUCAGUGCUGGUGUAGCUUUAUAACAUUCCCACUCUAUGUUAUAGUUACACAGAUGGGUUCCAAGUUCAGAAGUGCAAUAAUUUCUGAAAAUGUGAGGCAUUCACUGUCCAAGUGGAAAAGAAGAGUGAGGGAAAAGCAUGGUCCCUUCCUGAGGGAAUCACUGUCAACCUCAUCGUUGGACUCCAUGGCAACCGACAUAAACAAAGGCGACAGCCAUGGCAAAAGAGGCCCAACAGAUAAAGAUGCAGCAUCACCAUCUCAGCAGCAAGAGGGCUCUGCUGCAAUGCAAGAACCAUCACCAUCAUCAUCAUCUUCACAUAAAGGCAAGUUGAAGUUGAAGUCCCCACAACUUAACUUUUCCUUUGAGGAAUGCAGCCCUAAUUCUGAUGGUACCAAUGCCGAUAAUAAGGAUGACCGUUUUGAUGUUGAAGAUGAAAUACAUUGCAUUGAACCUUGACCUUUGUGGUUGAUGGAAAACAAGAGAAACAAAAUAUUUCGAAGUGCAACACGUAAUAUAUUAUCCUUUCCUGGGGGUUUGUUUGGGACCUGUCUGAAUUCGUUAGCCAUCUUCCUUUCAAACGGAUUAUAUCAAAGGUGUUAAAAGCAUUAGGCUUAUGAUUUUAA